UGUGUCUGUGGGCGGCUGCAACACUUACCCUUUGUAUCUCACAGUGUAACUCUUUAUCUUGCUCUGAUUGUAUCAUAUGUGUCUCUUCCCCAGCUGAAGAGGAAUCUCCCUGAAAAGAGGCACAGUUCAUUCAGAAAAUAUUUAUCACACGUCCACCGCCUGCCAGGCACUAUGCCGAGUUACAAGUGGCACAGGGCCUUCUGACCCUUGCCCUCUGGUUGCCCAUCUCCUUCUAUAAUCCCUGGCAGGGAAAGAGUUGGAGCGAUGCCAACGGCAGGCGGAUGAGGUGACGGAAAUCAUGCUCAACAACUUUGACAAGGUCCUGGAGCGUGAUGGGAAGCUGGCAGAGCUGGAGCAGCGUUCAGACCAACUCCUGGACAUGAGUUCAGCCUUCAGCAAGACAACGAAGUCCCUGGCCCAGAAGAAGCGCUGGGAGAACAUCCGCUGCCGGAUCUACUUGGGGCUAGUAGUAGCUGGUGGCCUGCUCAUCCUCCUGAUCGUGCUGCUGGCCAUCUUUCUACCACAGAGCAAUGGAGCCAGUAGUCCCCCAGAGGCCCAAGACUCAGGCGCUGCCUCAGGAACUGGGGAUUGACUCAGCUGGGCCUGAAUGAGAGAUCAAUUUCCGGUCUCCAAAGAGCGCUGCCACUUGCUCCUGUCUGAGCCACUGAGUGAGAGACAAAGGGCAGCCCUGAUGCAUGCACCUCUGUAUCUUCCAUUGGGCAAGAGACUGGCCCUCAGGGCAGCCUGCUGCACUGGCCAGCCCAGCCCAGCCCCACUUGGAGCUCAGUAAAAGCUGCUGUUUGGUUAAAA